CUUGCUAGUGGCCGUUUCGCCUGACCAUGUGUGCCUUUUCUGAACUUACUUUGUGAACGACAGAACCCUUAUUAGAAGAUCCUCCUCACCCAUAGACUUGCCGUCGAGACGUCCGCGACUCCGUCCCGACGCCCGAUAACUAACACCUCGAGCGCCAUACACACGUAUAUACCAUGGAGCGCCUACGCCGGAUAUUCGAGCGCGAUGACUCAGCCGCCUCGUACGAGCCACUGGAAGGUGGCUCUGAGCGGCCUGAUGGAGAGCACAUUGAUGGCGAGGAGCAGGCCUUCUCCUGGACCGACUAUGCCGUCUUCGUCCUGCUGGGAGUUGCCAUGCUAUGGGCCUGGAAUAUGUUCCUAGCAGCAGCCCCCUACUUCCAGCGACGCUUCGAAUCAAACGACAGCCUCCUCCGCAACUUUCAGUCCGGCAUCCUCUCCGUCUCCACCGUCGGCAACCUGGGCUCCAUGGUUGUCCUGACCAAGAUGCAAGCCCGCGCAAACUACCCCAAGCGCAUCAUUGCGUCGCUCGCCCUGAAUGCUGUAGUCUUUACCUUGCUCGCCAUAUCCACAAAACUGUUCCUCGGCGUCUCGGUCGGCGUCUACUUUGCCUUUCUCAUGGUCAUGGUGCUGAUUGCUAGUCUGGCCACUGGCCUGUGCCAGAAUGGCGUCUUUGCCUACGUGUCUGGCUUUGGAAGAGAAGAAUACACACAGGGAAUCAUGUCUGGCCAGGGUGUUGCUGGUGUCCUGCCGGCCAUUACCCAGAUCAUCUCUGUGCUCUCCGUCCCGAAGAAGCAGCAUCUCGACGGAGCGCCACAAGAGUCUAGCACUUCUGCAUUUGUCUACUUCUUGACUGCCACUGGCGUCUCCGUGGCAACUUUGGUCGCCUUUUUCCACCUGCUCUCUAGGGACAGCUCCAAGCAACGCAUGAUGCGCACAUUGUACGAUGACGGACCCGAGUACGACACCGGCCGCAGCGAGCGCAAGAGCAUCCCGCUGACGAGACUUCUCAAGAAGCUCUUUUGGCUCGCUGGCGCCGUCUUCAUCACUUUUGCAGUAACCAUGUUCUUCCCCGUCUUCACACCUCAGAUUCUUAGCGUACGCGACCCAGCUACCUCAUCUCGCCUGUUCCAACCAGCCGUCUUCAUCCCUCUGGGCUUCUUCUUCUGGAACCUUGGUGACCUGAUCGGCCGAGUGGGCCCUGCCCUCCCGGCUCUGCGUCUGACGCACCGCCCGCGCUUGUUGUUCGUUCUCUCCCUUGUCAGAAUCUUGUUCAUUCCCCUGUACCUCCUUUGCAACAUUGGAGGCAACGGCGCAGCCAUCAAUUCCGACUUUUUCUAUCUCUUCGUCGUACAGCUGUUCUUUGGCAUGACAAACGGCUACCUAGGCAGCAACUGCAUGAUGGGUUUCGCCGAGUGGGUCGACCCAGACGAACUCGAGGCCGCAGGAGGCUUCAUGUCGCUCGCGCUUGUAGGCGGUCUGACUGCAGGAAGUUUCUUGAGUUUCUUCGCGGCUCAGUCCUCGUGA